ACACACCUUGCAUGAAAUCACUAGAGUUGCACAAUCUUAUUCUAUCUGUAUCAUACCUAAUACUCUUCCUCGUUCUCAAGAUCUUAUUGAACGAAUUUUUCCUAAUUCCUCAUUUCACGAUCAACUGCAAUCCAUUAAUUCAGAAAUUUCUAACU